AUGGUCUUUGGAUCGAUAACAAAGCCUCUGAUUGAUGCUCUGCUGUUUCCACAAAAGCAGUCAAUUAUGAAUGUAGCUGAACUCCCGAGCUUUGAAGAAUUACAUAUCUCGCUUCUAGAAGAUGGAGGGCCAAGUGAUGAAGGUGUCCAACAAACACUCCCCAGGAGAGGUAGUCUAAGCUUACUAAUAAGCCAACCCACAUCAACUGUUCACUACUUCUGGAGGAAGUUUGAUGACAGAUACAUGAGGCCAAUGUUUGGAGGCCGAGGUUUUGUACCAUUUGUUCCUAGUUCACCAACUGGUUCACAUUUUUCUAUAGGUAUCUAUUUGUUAGCUCACAGAGACUCUGAAUUUGAUUGUGCAGUAGUUUCGUGCUCCUUGUACAUUUAUCAUCGAAAACGUUCUUUGAAAUUCUUAUUCCUUGGGCUGUUCACUGCAACUAUAAUUAUCAAUGGGGGAGUAAUAUGUGCAUUUAUAGCAGGAAAAGUAUUACUUGAAGCAUUAAUUUUACUCUCAGCUGUGGUUCCUGCCUUGACUGGGUACUUUUUCUGGGUUUCAAAGAAGGGCAAAGCAGUAGCAGAUUUAAGCAAUCUUGAACUAUUCUUAUUUUCGAGCUUCAUUAUCCUUUUCCUCACUGGCUUUAUCCAGAUGUUCUUCCCACUUGGGUCAACAACAGCAGUUGCAAUUUGUGGUGGCAUCUAUGCCAUGAUUUUCUCAUGGUAUCUUCUUUAUGAUAUGGAGAAACUGAUGAAGCGCUUCACUUACGACGAGUACAUAUGGGCUUCUACACAAUUCUAUCUAGAUUUCCUUGAUAUUUUUCCUUUGACUGGUUUAUUGUCAUAG